AUGGCUUCUUCUAUCUCAUCUGCCCAGGCAUCCUCAGAAAACACACCAAAGAACAAAAGCCCACUUGAAGAUGCCGUGCAAGGGAAAGGAGUUCAUGUUGAAGACGAUAAUAAAAUCUGCUGGGAUGACGAUGCAGAACAACACCCUCGAAAUUGGAAGUCAGGCACCAAGACAUACACCGCUGCCUUGAUAUGCUGGUUGGAAAUGUACAUGACGGCAAUAAGUUCCUCCGGGGCGUCUACUGGAAACGCGGCGCGAGAGGAGUAUGGUCUUAGCAGAACCAUGGCUUAUUUUGCCUUUCUUACCAUGUACUUGGUUGGCCAGACCAUAGGUGGCAUAUUCUGCUCUCCCAUCUCAGAGGUCUUUGGACGACGCACCAUAUACAUAAUUGCAGCAACCCUCUUCUGUAUUUCCUCAGUGAUAGUGGCAGCAGUACCAUCGGUAAUCGCCGUGUACUUUGGACGAUUCUUCCAAGGAGUGGCUGCGGCAAUACCUGCCACUGUCGCCUUUGGCAACUUUGAUGACAUGUACAAUGCUGAGCAUAGGAUCUGGGUCGUCUACAUCUAUACCAUUCUCGGUAUGCUAGGGUUGGCGCUGGGACCUAUCUAUUCGGUAUACAUCACUUCGAGCAUAGGCUGGCGUUGGGUUUACUACAUAUCCACUAUUGUUACGGGCGUUACCGCUGCUGCAUGCCUUUUCACCAAAGAGUCAAACGCAAAUCAAAUUCUAGACAAGAUCGUCAAAGAUAUACAGGAAGAGACUGGCAUGAAGGAUAUAAAACCUGGCCAUGCCGAGGGAGGAAAGCUUACCGUGGCCACCUUUGCAAGAACCGCUCUCUUCCGACCCUUGGAGUUCCUAGUUACAGACCCCCUAGUGCUUUUCUGCGCCAUCUUGUGCGCCAUUGCAUUUGGUCUCAUCUACGGUUUGACAGAGUCAUUGACCAUCGUCUAUACCGCGCCGCCGUUUAACUUCUCCGAGAAUGCCUCUAGUCUGGCCUUCAUCGCCAUCGCAAUCGGCGAGAUCAUCAAUGUUCUGCCCAGGUUCUACGACGCCUAUCUAUACAAGAAAUAUCGCAAAACACACCGACGCAUUGUUCCCGAGACCAAAAUUACCUCGUUCGCCAUCGCUGCUCCAGCGCUUGCCGUUGGUCUGUGGCUUUUCGCCUGGACGAUCCCACCGCGAGUCACCAAUGUUCCCUGGCCUGUCAGCAUGAUCGGUUUAGUAAUAAUCGGCUUCUGUGCCAAUGACUUCAGUUAUGUGCUCUUCGGGUACGCGACCGACAGUUACGGAGAAUAUGCAGCCAGUGCUGUCAGCGCCAUUAGCUUGACACGUACACUGACUGCUGCCGUGUUUCCACUUUUUACAUAUCAGAUAUACACUGGUCUGGGAAGUAAUGUUGCGACAAGCAUUUUAGCAGCGGUAGCGACUUUGUUUGCGUUCACGCCGUUCCUAUUUUUGAAGUACGGACAAAAAUUGAGGCAUCGAAGCAAGUUUGCGGUAGAUAAUGAGGAUGCUUUGCAGCAGGAGAACGCUCAUAUGAAGGACAGCGGCGAGUCAUCGCAUGAAGGAUGA